AUGGAGUCUUCACGCAUCUUCGUCCGCGGCUUGCCUCCCAAGUUCACCGAAGAUGAUGUGCGCAAGCACUUUGCCAAAUUCCCUAUCACAGACGUCAAGUUCUUUCCGCAUCGACGGAUAGGCUACGUAGGCUACAAGACGCCAGAAGACGCUGCCAAGGCAGUCAAGUACUUCAACAAGACCUUUAUCAAACUCACAAAGAUCUAUGUUGAGAUUGCGCGCCCGGAACUACCAAAGUCGCGACGACAGCAGAAGCUGGAGAAGAGCGCCGCCUCCAAUGACGAGUAUAAACCGCCGCCGCGGCAAGAAAACGAACUCAAGCGCAAACGGGACGAGGCUGAACAGGAUCCCAAGCUCAAGGAGUUUCUCGAGGUCUACCAGCCGCCUUCAAAGACGAAGAUCUGGGCAAAUGGCGAGAGCCAUGUAGAUGAAGCAAAUGCUGCUGAGGACACCGCUGUUCCAAAGAUUACUGUGCCAGAAGAGGAGAGCGAUGACGAAUAUCAAGUCAUUUCGAAGAAGCCCAAGGUUGCGGUGGAACCUACAGCCACGUCUGCCCCAGUACAACCAUCUUCUACUGAGGAGCCUGCAAAGGAUUCUAUAGAUGCAGUGGUGGAUACUGGUGAAGCGAUGGAAGAUGUACAGGAAGCGCCAGCUGCUGAGCAGGGGCCUGUUUCGGACAUGGAUUGGCUACGUUCGAGGACAAACAGAGUCUUGGAACUAGUCGAAGAUGACGAAGUACCUGCGGCAAACGUACCAGCUUCCCAAGCGCCAGCACCACAGCCUCCCAGAACUGCAGAAGACUCAGCCGAGGUAGUGGAGGCGCAGCCAGAGCCCCCACAGCCAACAGUGGAACAGUCAGAGAGCGCUACGCCUGACGAAGAAGACAAGAUCCGUGAGACUGGUCGUCUGUACCUUCGAAAUCUACAUUACGAAGUGACAGAAGAUGAGAUCCGAGAGCAGUUCUCCAAACACGGAGCUCUCGAAGAAGUUCAUGUACCCUUGAAGAAGGCCGAUGGCAAAGGCAAAGGCUUCGCAUUCAUUCAGUUUCAAAACCCGAGCGAUGCAGUCGAAGCAUAUCUUGACAAUGAUAACACCAUCUUUCAGGGCCGCCUUCUUCAUAUCAUUUCUGCCAAAGCAAAGAAGGAUACCAAGCUAGAUGAAUACGAGAUAUCUAAGCUGCCUUUAAAGAAACAGAAAGAAAUCAGGAGAAAGCAGAGUGCCGCCAAGGCAGUGUUCAACUGGAACUCUCUCUACAUGAAUGCUGAUGCGGUCAUGUCUACUGUUGCGGAUCGCAUGGGUAUUAGCAAAGCUGAGCUGCUCGACCCUACGUCUUCAGAUGCAGCGGUUAAGCAGGCACAUGCCGAGACCCAUAUCAUCCAGGAGACGAAGUCAUAUUUUGCACAACACGGCGUUGACCUUGAAGCUUUUCAAAGGAGUGCAAAGGGGGAUCUUGCUAUCCUCGUGAAGAACAUUCCUCACGGUGUGACGGCUGAUGAGCUCCGUAAACUGUUCGAAGAGCACGGCACUGUGAACAAGUUCUUGAUGCCACCAACAGGUAUGACGGCAAUAGUCGAAUUCGCCAACGUUGCGCAAGCAAAGUCUGCGUUCAUGUCCCUAUCAUACCGAAAGCUGAAAGACUCGAUUUUGUACCUCGAGAAGGCACCAAAGGAUUUGUUCAAGGAAGGUGUAGCGACAAAUUUUUUACAAACCACCCCAUCAGCCUCAGCAUCAACUUCAACGCAGCCUGGUACAAAGCUCAGCGCCACCGAUUUGCUGGUGGACAUUCCAGAACCGGAUGCAACAAACACUGCUACCCUGUAUGUGCGAAACCUCAACUUUUCCACAUCAACGGAGCGCCUUACCGAAGCAUUCAAACCUCUCUCUGGCUUCCGUAGCGCCAAGGUCAAGACGAAGGUCGAUCCUAAGCGCGGCGUGCUAUCGAUGGGUUUUGGUUUCGUUGAGUUCAAUAGCCCUGAGACUGCGACGGCGGCUCUUCGGGCGAUGGACGGAUAUGACCUGGAGGGGCACAAGCUACAAAUCAAGGCUUCCCACCGUGGCGCGGAUGCUGCUGAAGAGCGUCGUAACGAAGAUGCAGCAAAGAAGGCGGCAAGCACCAAGAUCAUCAUCAAGAACUUGCCCUUCGAAGCGAGCAAAAAGGAAGUCCGUGCUCUGUUCGCUCCUUACGGCCAACUUCGGUCUGUGAGGGUGCCCAAGAAGUUCGAUGCAUCAUCGCGUGGUUUCGGUUUCGCAGAGUUUACUACGAAACGCGAUGCGGUCAACGCCAUGAACGCCUUGAAAAACACUCACUUGUUGGGUCGUCGUUUGGUCCUUGCGUUUGCUGAGGCCGAAUCUGAUGAUCCUGAAAAGGAACUCGAGAAGAUGCAGCAGAAGGUUGGGGCACAGGCCAACAAAGUCGCGCUCCAGCGCCUUACAGAAGGCGGUCGCAAGAAGUUUAACGUUGCAGGCACCGAUGAUUUAGACGAUUGA